AUGGGGAAACAUGAAAAAGGAGCUCCUAAAGACUUGGCAAAUCGCUCGAAAUCUCGGGGUCUUGCAAAAUUAAGAUGGUAUUGUGAAAUGUGUAAAAAACAAUGUAGAGAUGCCAAUGGAUAUAAAUGUCACUUGACAUCAGAAUCUCAUCAGCGGCAACUCAUAUUAGUAGCUGAAGAUACAGAUGCUUAUAUCAGACAGUUCAGUCGUGAGUUCGAGGAAAAAUUCAUCUUUGUUUUGAAAAAUUCCUAUGGUUGUCGUAGAGUUAGAGCAAAUGAGGUUUAUCAGGAAUAUAUCAAGGACAAGGAUCAUACUCACAUGAACGCUACUCGAUGGCACACAUUAACAGGAUUCAUCCAUUUCUUAGCAGAAAUAGGAAAAGUGAAAAUAGAUAAGGAUGAAGAAAAAGGUGUUUGGUAUGUUCAGUACAUCGACCAAGAGCAUGUUGUGAAAAAGCAAGAAGAAGAACGGAAGCAGAAGGCCGAGAAAGAUGAUGAAGACCGGCAAUUACAAAUGAUCAAGGAAAGAGUUCAAAGAGCCCUAGAUGAACGUGGUGAAGAUGAUGAGUCUUACGAGCCAACGGCUUUAGUGAGGAACGAAGACGAGAAAAUUUCUCUAAAUAUUAACUUCAAUACAAAGCCAACACUCGAGGAGUUGAACAAACCAAUGGCAAUAACUAAUAUAUUCGAAAAAAAGAUAAACGCAAAAAAAGAAGAGCCGGAUUCUGAUGAUGACAGAGAGAAGAGGAAGAGUCAUAAGAACGAAAAACCAGUUAAAAGAGAAAGAAGUAGGAGUCCGAAAGAUAGAAGCAGUAGUCGAGAUGACCGCAGAAACGAUAAAGGCUCAAAGAGAUCAGCUCUAGAAGAUAUCAGAAUGAUGAAUGAGAGAAUCAAAGAAAGAAAUAAUCGUAAAGACUAUUGGCUUCAUGAAGGGAUAGUUGUAAAGAUUGUCACAAAAAAAUUAGGAUCCGAAUUUUAUAAGGAGAAAGGAGUGGUGAAAAGCCUUGUAGAUCAAUACACAGCUAAUGUCAAGUUAUCAGAUGGUGUCAUCGUAAAGUUGGAUCAGACUCAUGUUGAAACGGUUAUUCCACAAGUCGGAAGAGACAUGAUGAUUGUCAACGGAGCUUAUCGAGGACAGAAAGCUAUACUCGAAGCCAUUGAUGAAAAGAAGUUCAGUUUAAAUCUGAGGAUAAAAUCCGGAGUGCUUAAUGGGCGUGAAGUUAAUGUACCUUAUGAAGAUGCGUCGAAACUUGCUUAA